AGCUCAGCGGGACACUGUAUUGUUCCCAGCUGCGUUGUUGUAGGCACGUUAUUGCAAGCAUGGCCGGGGACACUGAAACACAUCUCAGUGACUAUGCCGAAAAUAACAACAUUAUCCGACAACCAUUCCUUAUCGGAGUGUCUGGAGGCACUGCCAGUGGCAAGUCGUCGGUGUGUGAGAAGAUCAUGGAGCUUUUGGGCCAGAACGAAAUCGACCACCACCAGCGACAGGUAGCCAUCCUCAGCCAGGACAGUUUCUACAGAGAGCUGACUCCAGAACAGAAGGCAAAAGCACUCAAGGGCCAGUUCAACUUCGAUCACCCAGAUGCCUUUGACAAUGAGUUGGUCAUGAAGACUUUGUGGCAGAUCAUGCAGGGGAAGACCGUACAGAUCCCUGUGUAUGACUUUUUCACCCAUUCCAGGAAGGAUGAGUUUGUGACGGUGUACCCGGCUGACGUGGUGCUGUUUGAGGGCAUCCUGAUGUUCUACUCCCAGGAGAUAAGAGACCUGUUCCAGAUGAAACUGUUCGUAGACACGGAUGCAGACACGCGGCUUUCACGCAGAGUGCUAAGAGACAUAGGUGAACGGGGCAGGGACCUUGAGCAGGUUCUUACUCAAUACAUCACAUUUGUCAAACCUGCUUUUGAGGAGUUCUGUCUUCCAACUAAGAAGUAUGCUGAUGUGAUCAUCCCUCGUGGAGCAGAUAACUUGGUGGCAAUAAACCUGAUAGUACAGCACAUCCAGGACAUUCUAAACGGCGGACUGACCAAGCGGCACAGCGGCUGCAUGAACGGGCACAGCACGCCCGCCCGGCAACGACAGACCUCAGAGUCCAGCAGUCGCCCUCAUUGACCUCCUUUGUAUUGGAGGCAGAGUGUGAUUAGAUCUGUACAUAAUUCCCGAUGGCAUUGCCGUAUUUAAGAUGGAGGAAGGCCACGUCCUGAUUCUCUACCCUGUUACCAGAGUGUACACUUGCACACUUCUGGUCCUUGUAGGAGAAGUGUAGAGAAUUGGGACGCAGGCAAAGAGUAACUACCAUGCUUAUUAUUAUUAUUACUAUUACUACUACUGUUAUUACAGGUACUUUUAUUGUAAUUGUUGGAUUUGGUUCAGGCGGGGGAGAGAACCUCCAGUUUUUGCAAUGAGAUCAUGUGUUAAGAAUGACCCCCUUUUUGUUUUCAUCUGUUUAUUUCAAAUUUGUAUUUCAUAUAGUUUGCUUUUUGACAGAUUUAAUCAAACGUGGAAACUGGUGUUGUCCAAUGAGAAUUAAACCCUAAAAUCACAGGCUGGGAUCCAAUUCCUCAUUGAGAAAAAUGUUGGACCUUGAAAUAGAGAUGAAACUAGACAAAGUUGAAAUGAAAACUCAGGAUUGCGCUCGUUAUUCGUUCUCGUUGACAAUCUUGAAAUAGGUUUUACCUAACCUCUUUUUUUGUCGGUCUUAUCGUGUUUUUCUAGUCUGUAUGUUCAGUUCUGUUCCCUCGUUGAGUUGUCUUUUUCCUGUCACUUACCCUCCACCAUUUGCUAAGCUACAGAACCUCCACAAGAGGGAAGUUCCAAACUCCAUGACAUUCUAAAUUCCACACAGAAUAGGUAGAUUGAAGUAAGUAAAGAAGUAGUAACAAAGGUUGAAUAUUCUCAAACAAGGGUUCUUUAUUAUGGAAGCCCAAUUUUGGUGUUACUUACCUGACAACGGUGGUAUGGUUAGCUUGGGCUGACUCGUCCUGCAUGAUAUCUUUGUAUUUGGCUUCCACCACCAGGAAAUACACAUCUCGUUGUCAACACAGUAAAGUGUUAUGAGUGCUAUAACACAAAAUAUAAAUUGUCCGGUUAAUUGAUUAAACUUGCACAAGAUCUUCAACUAUUUGCGUAAAAUGUUUUCCCCUAAUUAAUCUUGAAGCAGAAUUAAUUUAACAUUUUGAAGAAAUAAACCUAUUGGAGUUUAAUUUCCCCUAGUCAUUUAGUAAUGGUUCAUUCCUAAUAUUUUCCUAAUACUGUUUUCUCAGGUUGACAGAAUAACAUUUGAAGUGCAGAGAUAUUAUUUGUCAAACUGAGGGAUGGGUCCCAUAACAGCAAUACACCUGAAUCAUUAUUUUUCUGGCAAGACUUGAAAACAUGAAACCAGCACCAUGCCUUUUCGCUGCUGACUUGAACCACAAUACACAAUACUAUUAUUUCCAAUUAGUCCAUUUCUGUAAAAUGGCUUGCAUAUCCCAAGUGUUGUAUUUAGUAAGCAUACAGUUGCUGAAUUGUGACUUAAUAUUUACCAUAAAAUGUGUCUGGAUGUUGGAUUGAUGUAGAAACGUUGGAUGAUUGGAACAAUAAAAGCACAUUGCAAAAUGGUACAUUAAA